UUUAUUCAUUUUUCAUUAGUAUGUCAACUGCACCGACCGAUACAAAUACGUUACCUGUUAGCCGUUUUUAAAUAAAUAUGAAUGACGACUAUUAAACAUGACUACAUCAACAAAAUAUGGAAAUAAAAACCACAAAUAUGCUGUGACAGACGUUUCGAUUUCGGACAAACCAGAUUUAAAUGGAGAUUGGUUGAACAUUUUCAUAUUGUUAUUGCUGUAUACAAUACAGGGGUUGCAAUUGGGCCUAACUAGUGCUAUACCGAUAAUUUUGCAAAGUAAUAAAAAUGUUUCUUACCAAGAUCAGGCUGUAUUUAGUUUAGUGAUGUGGCCAUACUCUUUGAAACUUUUGUGGGCUCCUUUAGUGGACGCAGUCUACAUAAAAAAGAUAGGAAGGCGAAAGUCUUGGCUCGUACCAGUGCAAUUUAUUAUGGGAUCGUUCUUCUUCUACAUAGCCAAUGACAUCAAUAACUUGUUGCCCGAAACCGGAAAACCGAACAUAGGGAAACUAGUGUGCGUGUUUUUUAUCGCUACCUUCUUGGUGGCCACGCAGGAUAUAGUUGUUGACGGUUGGGCACUCACGAUGCUAAAAAAGAAUAACGUGGGAUACGCGUCCAUGUGCAAUACAACGGGUUUGGCAAUCGGUUCGAUGAUAGGUUCUGUGUGGUUCACUCUGUUGACGUCUAAAGACUUUUGCAACAAAUACGUGCGGACAACGCCUGAUGCGGGAGGAAUAGUUACCAUGGAACAAUUAUUAUACAUUUGGGGCAUUAUAUUUAUGUCUAUCACGACAUUGAUUGCUAUAUUCAAAAGAGAAAAGGAUUGUUCAUUAGAAGAUGACCAUUUAAAGCUCAACACUCUUCAAAACUAUCGUCUACUGUGGGACAUCUGCAAACUACCUAGUAUACAAAUAUUUGCCAUGGCGUUGUUGACGGUGAAGAUUGGAUUUGCUGCAACCGAUAGUGUGUCGCCUUUAAAACUGAUUGACGCAGGUGUAUCAAAGGACGACAUGAUGAUAAUAAAUACAUCUAUGUUCGUAGCGAAAAUUAUAUUACCUCUCACUAUUGCAAAACAUACUUCUGGUCCAAAACCGAUGAGUCUAUACUUAAAAGCUACUUUGGUCAAAUUACUUUGGAACAUUGUAUUUAUUAUGCUAAUUUACUAUACACCAAAAUUGAUAAAAGUGAAUGGUAUAAUAAAAAUUCCAACUUAUUACUACGUGAUAUUAGUAAUUAUAUUAACAAUACAAGAAAUGCUAAAUUGUACUAUGUUUGUGGCUUUAGCUUUUUACUCUCGAAUAAGUGACCCUCGUUUUGGUGGUACUUACAUGACAUUAUUGAAUACUCUCUCAAACUUGGGAAAUGCGUGGUCGACUUUCGCGGUACUUAGAGUGGUCGAUUUGCUUACGUUCAGAGAAUGUUCGUUUGAUUCUAAGAAUGAUUGUUCUACACUUGAUCUCCAAAACACGUGUAUGACAGAAGGAGGUGACUGUGUUGUGACAGUGAAUGGAUAUUACAUUGAAAUGGUACUGUGUACUAUACUCGGAAUCUUGUGGUAUGCUAUUUUCAAAAAUAUUCUCAAAAAUCUUCAAACAAAAUGCCCAUCUAAGUGGUUGGUGAACUAUGUGAAACAACCAAUUACAAAAAAUAGCAAAAAUGUAUUUACCAUUACUGUAACAUAAAACAUUUAUAUUGUCUAUUGUAUAAAAAAAUAGUUAUCUAUUGUGAGUUUCUAUUAGACAAUCGUUCUAUGUGUUCAUUUAAUAUCUACUCAGUAUACUAUACCGUAUUGCCGUCACUAGGUACUUAUAAUAUUUCAAUAGAGUUCUGAGCUUUUUUGAAAGAGUGAAUAUACAUUUUUGAUUUUCCACAAAUCCCGUUAUAACAAAAAAAAUAUGUUAAUUCUUGCAUUUACUUGCCGGUACUAUUUAACUAUAAUAAUAUUUUUUAAAUACUAAAAUAUUUUAAUAUUACUUUUUUUUACAUAUUAUAUUAUUAAAUUUAAAUAAAAUUAAAAUUAAAAACCAUCUCCCUUCCUUCUAAUAUAUAUUUUUAGUAUUAUUAUUUAAUUAAUUUUAUUAUUAUUUUUAUUCAUUAGACGAUCUUUUAAGAGAAUGUAAUUAUAUAAUUAUUAUUAAGUACUAAUAUAAAUCUUAAAAACUUUUAAUAUCCAAUAUUUCGUGAUAAAUCUGAUAUUCAAUUAUUAGUCAUAUUGAGUUGUCAAAUUAUCGAUAAACAGUAUAGAUCGUCUUUUAUUGUUAUUUUAUUAUAUAAGAUAAUUUAUUAUUACAAUAUUUGUCAUUCACACUGAAUCCGCUGUAUUAUAAUAUAAGUAAUAACUAUAUUAUAAUAAUAUCAUUAUUGUAUAAUGCUGUUGCGUAAUGAUAAUUUAUUUUUAAAUAAUGACUGUACAUCUUUUUAUUGUUAUUCUUUUAUUUUCUUACACAUGACUUAAAUGUAAUCGGUUAUUUAAUUCCAAAUCGGUAUUUCGAUUUUUCUUUUUAAAAUAGAGACAUUAUAAUUUA